AUGGCCGCCGUCCUGCACCAAUCAUCCUUGAAACGAAUCGAUGUCACGUUUGCUACUCCUUGUUGGACGACCACAACGACACAAACCAACUCGGCGUCACCACCAUUGCGUUUGACGGAAGCACUCAAGCACAAUACUUGUCUCCAAAAAUUGUGUUUACGAGGCGUCAUUCCCGACGACCAAACUCACCAUUAUGUUCCUUUUUUGCAAGUCUUGGAACACGACAAUACCACAUUGGAAGAAUUGGUUCUUACGCAUCCGGAAUGCAACCACCACAACAAUAAUGACAACCGCCAACGCAAAUUGCAAUUCUUUCUCCAACUCAAUCGACAACCCCUAUUGAAUCAACAAGGAUUCCGGACUCUGUUACGAUCACUCGACGAAGCCAUUCCACCGCAUCUCGUGCUUCCAUGUCUCCAAGCGGCGCAAGCAGCGGACGAGGCACUCCAUCCGCCAGAUGUUGACGAUGACGACGAUGAUGACGAUGAUCUCGAAGAAGAUUUUUACGGAUACAUUUAUCAUUCGCCGUCUUGGCAAGCCACCACACAACACAAGAAGAAAAAACGGGGCACCGUGAGUGCUCUGUAUUAUCUGCUCCGGCAACAACCCUCACUCAUUCAUCUGGCAUGUCAGCAACAACAAUCUCGACGACAAAAGCAACAACAACAACCAUGUGAUGCCAUGCAAGGAGACAGUCCACAGCUACUAUUGUUGGACGAUGAUAUUGUGGCACUUUGGUGA